AGACAUUCAAACCGAGGAUGGUGCUGAAUGUAGUGCAGGUGUGCGGUGGCAGCAGCGACUUCGGACAGAUUCAACAAACAGGGUGAAUGUCGGCGUCAUCAGAGACAGCCGAUGAAGCUCCCGUAAUGAUGUCACAUACUGAGACAAAUGACGUCACCAGCGGCUCCAGUGACGUCACCAAAACAUCCAGUGACAUCACAUGUGAGGUGCUGGUCAUUGGUGCCGGUAUUUCCGGGCUAACGGCUGCCUACGAGAUUCAGAAACGGAAUCCAAAAACUGAGCUCUGCUUAGUAGAGGCUAAAGACCGUGUCGGCGGUCGAACCCUGGCCACCCAGAUCCGGGUCAGACAAGGUCAGACGGAGACCUUUGACCUCGGAGGUCAGUGGGUCGGCUCAACUCAGACCGACAUCAUGGAGAUGCUGGAUGAACUCGGACUGGAGGUCUAUCCGCAAUACAUUCAGGGUACAAAGCAUAUGCAGCUGGGAGGUGACUCCAUUCGACGCUACAGCAGCACGAUACCCAACCUUGGCUCGUGGUGGGGCCUGGUGCAGCUGCAGCUCUUCAUCUGGAAGGUGGACCGUCUGGCCAAAAAAUGCUCUCCUCUGAGCCCCUGCAGUGACCGGACUAUCAGAGACCUGGACGGUGUCUCUGUGGAAGCCUUCGCGCGACAGAACAUCAGCAAUACGGCCGCUCUGGAGGCCAUCAUUUCCGCGUGUAGGGUGAUCCUAGGCUGUGACGCCAGCCGGGUGAGCGUGGUCCACUUUCUGGCCUAUACCCACGCCGCUGGUGGACUCAACGCCCUGCUCGAGGCCACGCCAGGCACCGCGCAGGAGUUCAAGGUCAAGGGAGGUACCCAGCAGAUCAGCGAGCUGCUGGCGGACCGUAUCGGGCGUCAUCGUAUCCACCUGAGGCACCCCGUCACUAAUAUCACUCAGGGAAAUGGUGACGUCACAGUCACCACCGGGGACGGCGUCGUCUUCCACUGCAAAUACGUCAUUUCUGGCGUACCUCCAAACCAGCUGGCCAGGGUGACAUUCUCUCCACCGCUGAGCCCAGUGAGGCGAGAGUUGAUCUCCAACAUGCCAAUGGGACACCUCAUCAAAUUUGUCGUCACUUUCGAGGAGACUUUCUGGCGAGCUGCCGGCAUGUCUGGCGAGGUCGUCUCAAACGGUGGACCUAGUACAGUUCCCGGGUGUACCCACGGUCCGCUGUGUAUUGUCUAUGACGCCACGUCUGACAAGGGCAGUCCGGCGCUGGUCGGAUUCAUUGCUGGAAGCACCAGUGUGGAGUGGGAGAGCAGAACGAAAGACGAACGGGAAAAGGCAGUCAUUUCAAGCCUCGCGAGUUUCUUUGGAAAGAAGACAGAGAAGUACAUAGAGUAUCAGGAAAAGGUGUGGGCCGAGGAACCGUUCACCGGAGGAUGUCCCGUCUGUUAUACCACGCCCGGGUUGAUGCACACAUUCCCCGCGCUGAGAGAAAAACACGGGAGGGUGUUUUUCUGCGGUACGGAGCUGGCCUCCCGCUGGUGUGGGUUCAUGAGUGGAGCUGUACAAACUGGUCGACAGGUGGCGCUAGAGGUUCUACACGUGCUUCAACCGGAUGUGACGCUGACACCGUCCUGAGUGUGUGUGUGUGAGAGAGAGAGAUAGAGAGAGAGAGAGAGAGAGAGAGAGAGAGAGAGAGAGAGAGAGAGAGAGAGAGAGAGAGAGAGAGAGAGAGAGAGAGAGAGAGAGAGAGAGAGAGAGAUAGAGAGAGAGAUAGAGAGAGAGAGAGAGAGAGAGAGAGAGAGAGAGAGAGAGAGAGAGAGAGAGAGAGAGAGAGAGAGAGAGAGAGAGAGAGAGAGAGAGAGAGAGAGAGAGAGAAGAUGUGAUAGUCAUGCCUAGUGAGUGAGCAUGUUGAUAUACGUUCGCUUUUCAGAGCGUUGCGUGAAAUGCUGAGUUAUUUUUGAUCAGUGAUAUUUUAAUAUUAUUGGCGUAGCGAAUAUUUGACAUUGUACGGAUAGUGGCGACACUUUCUGUGCUCGUACAUUCUUCUAAUAUGUAUAUGGGGAUGUGAGGAUCGUACCGCGACAGUAUCCUAGCAACGUGUGAUUAUCAAAUCUGGUGGAAACAUUGCAUUUUGAUAGUACGUAAGUCGUGACAUAAUACGUGACGCGGCUAAGUUCAGAGUGUUCCUCAGCGUUUGAGCCCCUGUCUAGCUAAAGAGGAUCUGUCCUGACUGAGAACUCUCCAAAAUUUAAAUAAAACGUGUUUUAGUGUG